CACCUCCUUUUUGUGCCGACCCAAGACAACCAGCAACCUGCUUCCGAUAGUUGGCUGCGUAUCUUGUCAGCCGGGCCCCCUCGUUCAAUUGCAAUUUCACGACCGGCUUUUGUUUUUGUCCUUCUAUCAUUUUCUAUUGUUGUUGUUUUUCUCCGGUCUCACUGCGACCACCUGCGCUUCCCGCUCACAUCCGAGUCAGCGAUUGAGUCCUUGGCCCUUCGCUCCCACCCAACCAGCAAGUGAUGCCAUCUUGAACAGGGCCUGAGCAACACCAUUGAGUCGCAGCCCGGGCGACUGCCAUGCCCCUUUCGUCGCUCCCCGUCUGAGCAUGGUCGCAAGCACCCACCGUUAUGCCCUUCCUUCGCCGACCAGGCGUCAUGGCUAGCGAGUCGGACAUGCGCCGCCGCACCAAUUCGCAGGAGGUGCCGCUCCCCGAUGUCCUUCCCAGCACCAGCAAACAUCUCCAACCGCCGCAGGAGAACCCAGUGGUAGUGCAACCCGCCGCCAACCCACCAGACCUCUCCGAUGCCGCCCCAUCCGGCCCUGAUGCCCCCAGCGCCAGCGAUCCCGCGCCUCCCGGCCUGACGCCUGCCGACCGCCCCUCCGCCGAUGAGCCCGGACCUCGAGUCUCCUCCCUCCAGCUGCCGAUUCGUGCCCAAUCGCCUCCAUUGCCUGACGAAACCAAAUACCGCCGCUUCUCCAUGUUGCGCUUUCGCAAUGCCUCCGACUCCCAGUUGUCCAUCAGAGCUAAGCAGCAGUCCGAGACGCCGCCGCCUCUCCCACCUCUCCCUGACACACCUUCUAUCAUCACGACUGCCCCGACCCCUGAUUUGAGCGCGAACCCGAAAAAGCCUCCUCGGAUGAAGCUGCCAUUCGGACUUGGAGACCGGGACGAGUCCAGCGGACAGAAUGGCAUUCCGCCCAUUUCCAAGAGGGAUCGCAGAAAGACGAUGAACUUGGAUAUCAUGUCCGGCAGCCGCCAGGCCGUUACCUUCGAAGACCCCCGGCACCAUAGCAUGGGCCAGAUACCACCCGCGUAUGGCGAGGAAUCCGAAGGGAGCGGUCUUGCACUGCCUUUUAACAAUCGCCUAUCCGAGUCUUCGAGGUCUGACGGCAGCUUUGGAGACCACCGGGUGUACGGCAGCACGACGACCACGACGCACACUGUCCACACGACUACCACCUUCUUUCGCCUACCGCGCCGCAAGCAGAAGCAGCCCGAGCCCAUGUUCCCCAUUGCUCACCUGCAGAAGGGAGGAGAUUCUCAGGUGCACAUGCAUGGCGUUGGCUCUAACACGUCGCUUUCCGCCCGGACACCGGAGCGGGCAAGUACGUCGAGCAGGAUAACCGGGAACGAGACGCCCACUCCGUCAAGGCCCUCUUCGUCCAGGCGCGACGGCAGCGCGACCUCCCCUAGUCCGUCUCCCGCUGUGGCCUUUAUGAGCAGGCAGAGCGUAUCCCCUGCGACGGCCCUCUUCAGGCCCGAGUCCAGGAACUCGGGCCAGUCUUCCCCGUCUUGGGGAUUGUCUCAUCUGCGAGGUAGGUCCUCGACCAUGAGCUCAUUGGGGAGGAAAUCCAUGGAUGACCGGCUUGCAGCGCCACCGUCCCGCACGUCAGCCUCGAUCGGUAGGAAGAGUUUUGGGGACCUGCUGGGACUCAGCAAAAUUCGGCACACCAACGGAGGGCGCCCAGGGACCCUAACGCCAGCCACCCCCGGCUCGAGCGCCUCCAAGAACAACUCGUUACAGCUCGCGCGCGACAGCGUUAUCCUUCCCGAGCGCCGCGACGAUGAUACCCCCGCCAAGUAUCUGGCAAGGCUGGAAGAGGUCGUCAGCCGGAGUGUCAUCGCCAGCGCUCUGUCCAAAAAUGCGGACCAGUUCUCCCAGGCUGUUUUGAGGAGCUACAUGCGUGGCUUUCGCUUCUUUGGAGACCCGAUGGACAUGUCUAUCCGCAAACUUCUCAUGGAGGCGGAGCUUCCCAAGGAGACGCAGCAAAUCGACCGGUGCCUGCAGGCGUUCGCGAACCGGUACCACGAGUGCAACCCCGGCAUUUACGCCGACCCGGAUCAGGCCUACUUCAUCGCCUUCUCGCUCCUCAUCUUGCACACCGAUGUCUUCAACAAGAAUAACAAGUACAAGAUGCAGAAGACGGACUAUCUCAAAAACACGCGCGGCGAGGGCAUCUUUGAUGAUAUUCUCGAGUGCUUUUACGACAACAUCUCCUACACGCCCUUCAUCCACGUCGAAGACGACCUAGACAUCAACGGAGAGCGCAUUAUUGCACACAAGUCCAAGAAGAAGACAUUCAUCCUGGGCGGCAAUCCUGACCCGGCAAAGCGGGUGGCCAAGGAGCCUAUCGAUCCCUACACGCUGAUCAUCGACAACAAGCUCGAUAUACUGCGGCCCAACCUCAAAGAUGUGAUGCACCUCGAGGACACGUACAGCUACAUCGGCGUCGAACAGACGCUCAAUCUCCAGGAGCUGCACAAGACCUUCUUUAAAACGGGUGUGCUCCAGAUUGUGUCGGCAAGGUCUCGCCCAGACGCUUUCAUGUCGGAGAAGACAGCGACGAACCCACAAGAGGCCCAGGCGGGAAUUGUGGAUAUCAAGAUCACCAAGGUCGGGCUGUUGUGGAGGAAGGACGUGAAGAAGAAGAAGACGCGAUCGCCAUGGCAGGAGUGGGGUGCAAUCCUCACGGGUGCGCAGCUCUACUUCUUCCGGAACACGUCUUGGGUAAAGAAUCUGAUGCAUCAAUACGACACCCACAUCAAGAACGGCCACGACGGAAUCCCCGUCAUCUUUCAUCCGCCCCUAGACCAGUUCAAGCCCGACGGCCUGAUGUCCACCGACGGCGCUGUCGCUCUGCUAGACUCGUCUUACAAGAAGCACAAGAACGCCUUUGUCUAUGUCAAGCAUGGUGGCUCCGAGGAGGUGCUCCUGGCGGAUAACGAAGAGGAGCUCAAUGACUGGCUAGCAAAGCUGAAUUACGCAGCCGCGUUCAGGACCUCGGGCGUGCGCAUGCGUGGCGUGGUUGGUGGCAGCUACGACGGCCAGACUCGCAGGGCAAUGAGGAGGCUCGAGUCGGAGUCGUCUCAGUCGGUCCAGACCCCGACCGGCGAGGUCACCAUCUCCAGGAGCCGGAUCGACCAAAAGAUGGCGCAGGACAUCCUAGAGGCGCGGCGGGAGGUCAUGUCACAGAGGAUAGCCGACGCCAACGAGAGGAUCCAGGCCGAGGAGUCCAAACUGGAGGACCAGCUGAGAAACGCCAGGCACCUACAGCUCCUGGCGCCCGUUCAGCCCAAGACCAGGGACCAGAUACUCGUGGCCGCGGCGCGUAUAGCGGCACAGCUCAAAUGGACGCGCAUGGAGAUGUGGAGGCUCAAGUGCCAUCGCGACAUUCUCUUGAUGGAUCUGGAAGAGGAGCGGCUGCAGCUUGACCUCAUAUCAUCACCACAUCUACACCCCAACAGCUCGCCCGAGAAGACGGGGCCUGGGCGGGAUGAAGCCAGGAACAGCAUGUCGACCAUAGUGCAACAAAGCCCAAAGGCUGCCGACCAGGCCCCCCGAAGGCUGUCGGCUCCAGCUCUGGACGAGCCCAUCGACUCUCCCGAGACGGACGUAUUCCAGACUCCGCCAACGAGCGCCCCAGGGCAUCAAGGACAUCACAGACAGCACAGCUCGUGGGAUCUCCCUCCGCGUGGCCUCGAGGCUCUCCGCCUGCGAAAGGCGUCAAUAUCUAGCGCCAUAUCUGCCAUAUCGGCGGCCGCGUCACCUCCCAGGAAGAUUCCCAGCUCCCAGUCAACCCCAGCUAUCGCAUCGGCGUCAAACCCGGCCCAGCCCACGGAGGAACACAGCGAUGAGCUUGACGCAGCCGAAAGGGAUUUGCUGGAGCAGGCAGGCCUUAUUGAUGCCGAGCAGGCGCGAGCAGCCGAGGCCAAAUCAGCAGCCGCUAUCCUGAUGGAUGGCGGUGAGGGCCGAGAACGCCAUGAGGGCACCUCAUAUGGCUCAUCUGCCGACAAACAAGACCGUAGCAAGAUACGCCGCAGUCUGCAGCGGACGCUUCGCGAGAGUGCCGGCCAUUUGUCGCACCAUAGGAGCACUCGCAAAGGCAAGGAGCCUGCAUCCGGUGCCUAUGCAGACGAGGAGCCGGCUCGGGAAACGGAUGUCCUGACGCGCGGCUCGGGGUCGUUUGUGGUCCAUGGAAAGAAGGCUUCGGUCAUCAGCUUUGGCGGCGAGUUGCAGGCCAUGACGCCUGAUCAGCGCAUCCGGAACCGGAAAUCACAGCAGUCUGGGGCGCCUCGCGACGAUGCCGCCUCGCCGCCGGCCGGGGACGGAGAGCCUCCCGCGGCCGACUAUCAAGCAGUCCUGGAAUCCCCCAAGGACCCCGAACGCCGAGAGUCGGCCGCAAGCGCCAGCACCGCUACAGCAAGGAGCUUCCGGGAGCUGCAUAGGAAAUACUCGUCUGUUCAGGUAUACAAGUCUGGCCCCAACCUGCCACUCCCAGAUGAGGACAGCGACGCGGCCGUGAGCUUCUCAGAAGGGCGCAGGACCCCACUUCCCCCAAUCGAGCACGACUCGGACGAGGAGGCCUGGGCUCUCAGUCAGGAAUCGCCGAGACCUAGGCAGGGGUCUGGACAGGCGUCAUCAGGUGUCUUGAGAAAAGCGGCCGACAGUGAUGACAGCGGCGACGAUGAUGAGGAGAGGGGCAGCAGCUUUCUCAGCCCGCCAGAUAGCGCCGGCGCACACUCGCGGUACCUGACGCCCGAGCCGUCUUCAUCACGACCGGGGUCUCGAUCGAGCAACGCGAGUGGGGAUGAAAGGGAAGCUGAGCAUGCCGACAGGCAAAUUCAAAGCCCACCACCGAUCCAGGUCGUCAGCGCCUGAGCUCUACACCUCCUCCUACGCCAAGAAUCGUCCAUCGAGCCCUAUCUGUGAAUACCAAUAGACAGAAACAAGGGGCAGAACAUAAAAACGCAGAACGAAACCAAGGAAAAAGGAAAAUAAAAGAAAAAACACUCACAGCGACCGGGCGAAAUCUGGGCUCUAGGCCCUCAGCGGGCACUCACUGCAUUUCCUUAUCUUGUGUAUCAGUAGACGUGGGCGUCGAGGCCCUGCAGAGGUGCAACUUGGCCGACUCAAGCCCUCUUGACAGCGUGACGGAGAGUGCCUUGAUGAUGGCCGCUGCCGAUUAUUCUCUUUCAUUUUCCUUUAUUCGUUCCCCUCCUGAAUUUUACGCUUCCUUGCUUCUGUUUUUUUUUAUUCUUUUAGUUACGUGUUUUAACUCUUACAAACCCUUGACGCGUAACUCGCGCGGGUUUGUGCUUUCCUCCUUCCAUUUUUUUAUUUGUUUAUCAUCACCCCUUCUUCUUUUCUGUCUACUUUUCCACGUCUCCUCCCUCUCUUCAUCUCUCAUGGGACUGGCCUCAAGCUCCAGCGGUGACACUAGGGGUGAUCUGCGCCCACUUCAGGUGGUGAUCCCCAACUCCCUUCCUUUCUUUUCCCACCGCCUCGAGCUUUCUGGUUUCUUUUCUUUCCCCUCAUGACGGAUGGAUGGAAUGGCAUGGUUGUUUUGUCGGCGCGAAAAGGGGACAAUAGGGGUUUUCUUUGCUUGUUUUUGUUAUUGUUUUGUCCAACUAUUUUCCGAUAGACACACAUUGUUCAACUCGGAAUAACAGCACAGCACAGUCGGGUGCCUUCUCCUUUCUCACUUGAAGCUCCUCGAAUAUCGCUUACACCAAAACUGAACCAACCAACAAAAAAAAAAUCGAGCUGACGCAUAAUCCAGUUGUAUCAACUCAUGAGCCACACUGCGUGAGA